AUGGCUUCACUUACACCAAACAACCACGACUACGAUCACGAGAACCUCCCAUCAGAACCAGCAACAAUACACCCCUCACGAUCCGAACUUCUCAACGCUCGCCUCUCCCCGCGAAACCUCGAACUCGCCGUCCGCCACCUCCACAGAGACGGUCUCGUCAUCGUCGCCGACGUUGUCCCGCACGCAGACCUCGACGCCCUCAACGCCAAAAUGGUCCAGGACGCGCUCUACCUCCGGUCUCUGGGAGACAAAGGGCCCUUCAACUAUAACCUGGGUAAUCUACAACAAGAUCCGCCUCCAGUGGCCGAGUACUUUUACAAGUCCAUCUUUACAACAACGCAAAUCACCUCCUCCCUCCUAGGCCCACGCCCGAAAUGGACCUUUUGCUCCGCAAACUCCGCCAUGCCGCCAUCACCAGACGCAGAGCCACAACGCCAACCAGUCCACUCGGACGCAGACUUUGCCCACCCAUCCCACCCCUUCGCCCUCGUAAUCAAUAUCCCCCUUGUGAAAAUGACGCUCUCAAACGGCUCAACGGAGCUCUGGCUCGGCACCCACGCCCCGUACCUCCUCCCUGCCUCUCCAUCCUCAUCAUUAUCCUCAUCCGCCACCACUACCACCACCACCACCGCAACUACAACGUCCUCCCCAGGCUACACCGGCACAAUCAUCCCCUCCGGCAUAGCAGCCCAACAAGGCACCCACGGCACCCGCGCAAGCGGCCGCAUCAACCCCGCACUCCUCGACCUCCGCCGCGCCGUCCGCCCACCCUCGCAGCCGACGGUGGAAAAGGGGAGCAUCGUCAUCCGCGACCUGCGGCUGUGGCACGCGGGGAUGCCCAACACGGCGCCCGACGUGCGCGUCAUGCUGGCCAUGAUUCACUUUGCGGCAUGGUACCGGAACCCGAUGCGGUUGCAGUUCGCCGAGGACGUGAGGCCUUUGCUGGAGGAGGAGGUGGGGGAGGUGAAGGAGGCGGGGAAGAGUGACCUGGAGAUACCUGUGGAUUGGACGACGAGGGAGGAAGCCCUAAAGACGUAUCUGGGGAGGGGGUUUGGGAAUAGCUAUGACUUUGAUCAAGAGAAGUGA